CCCUGCCGCCGCUCACUGGGAGCAGCAGCGCCUCCGUGUUGUUGUUAUGCUCGUUCCCGGGCCCCUGGUAGACGCCAUUCCGCGGCGGGUUUCGCAUUGUCUCGAGCUUUGGGUUGGAAAUACGCACCGUCGUCGGAGAAAAUCCACAUUUAAGACCCUAAUUCAGAACCGAUGAACCACCGCUGUGAGUCCCGGGCCACCGUGGCUCUCCGGGACGCGGACCGGAUGUGAGCCUGAACCUAUCGUCUGUCUGCUGAUUGGCAGGUGAUCAGCCCUCCUGUCGCCAUGGAGACACUCCUCUCCAUGGAAACAGCGUCAACAGUGGGACGUGGAGUGAGAAGCUGCAGGAUGGCGUCCUCGGAGGUUCUGGUUCCAAUGUUGGUGGGCGGUCCAGGGUCCAACGUGACCUUCGUCCUGGACGUCUCUGAGGACUGUGAAGCUGAUCUGGGAUCAGCGAAGCGGCUGCUGAUCCAGACUCUUCUGACCAAAGCUUCUCUCAGGGAUUCUCUGUUCAACAUCGUCACAUCUUCAGGCGAGGUACGAUCCUGGUCCCACCACAUGCUCCCUUGUGCUCUGGACGUGGUCUACAGAGCUCUGUCCUGGAUCCGGUCUGUCGGUUGUGGACCUGAUAGGGAUCUGCUGACUGCCCUGACCCUGGCCUUCAGUGACCCCGCCUGCCACACUGUUCACCUGAUCACCACGGCCCCACCCCCCCGGCCCCGGGUCCUACUUGGGGUCCUGCCCAGCCUGGCAGCGGGUCGGACCCUGAAUGUGUUCUACCUGCAGGCCUCAGGAGGACCAGACCGGGGCGCCACAGAACACCUGCAGAGUCUGAGCCGGACCACAGGAGGGCGCUGUUAUGUGGUUCAGGACAAUCUGGAACGAGACUUGGAGAAGGUGACCCCUCUGUGUGCUGUGGACAGCCACCUGCCAGUCACAUGCUGCUGUUGCUCCGCCUCCACGUCUCAGCUCAGGUGCAGUCUGGGUAAUCCACUCCACCCUCUCACCUCCUGUGGAGACCCAGAGUUUUUCCCAGGAUGCAGAGUGCUCGCCAGGAGGCAGAUGGACGGCCUGUAUCACCUGGGCACCGUGGUUCAGGAAGUCCAGGGCUGCAGAGGAGUCUGGGUAAUCGAGUUUGACCACCCAGGACCCGGUCCGGUCCUGGCCUGGUCCCGUCGGCAGAUGGUGUGCUCCCUUGACAUGGUCGCCCACACGAGGGGUCACGUACGCCGCCCAGUACCCGGGGAUACUGUCCUGUCACCGUGGCAACCGGAUCCAAAGAGAUGCGGCCCAGGGAGGGUGUUGUCCGUCACACAGACCGAAGGCGGUUCUGGAGGUUGGACCAUAAGACUGGCAGGUUCUGAGGGAGACGGAGCAGCUGGGAUCCGGGUCCUGAUGUGGGACGGUUCUGUGUCUCUGGUUCCUGUUGGUCUGGUUUGGUCCAUUUCAGUUCCUCACCAUGACCGGAUAGUCCGAGAGCUGCAUUGUGGGUAUUUUAGCAACCGAUGCUGCGCGUCCCGCUGCUGGUCGCCGCUGUCUUCCUGCUACAGCUGCAGGUCCUGGUCCGAGUCCUGCUCUGAGUCCAGGUCCAGGUCCUGGUCCAAGACUGAGCCCAGAGAUACAGAUGUGAGGAGGAGUGACCUUGAGCUGCUUUCCUCCUCCUCUUCCUCCUCCUCUUCUUCUACUGAUGAUGAGACCACGGCGCCGCCUCCUCCUGUAGUGAAGAUGAGGCCACGGCCCCCCUGGAGGUACUGGAGAAGAACUGGACCAGAACCUCAGCACCGGCAGCCAGGUGGGUCAAACUCAGCCCUGGACCAGGUCUGA